AUGCGAGAAGGAGAGACCCUGAAGGCCUACUCGGAUAGGUACUGGGAGAUGUACAACGAGAUAGAGGGAAAUUACGAUGACGUCGCCAUCAGCGCCUUCAAGAAAGGCCUGCCGACAGAUCACGAUUUAAGGAAGUCCUUAACUGGGAAACCAAUCACUAGCGUGCGCCAGCUCAUGGACCGAAUCGAUAAGUACAAGAGGGUUGAAGAGGACCAACAAACGGGAAAGGGUAAAGCGAAGGUUGUCCCUCAAGAGAGGAGGGACUUCAGGUCCGACCGAUUUAGCAACAACAACCGGCCGAGAAGGAAUUACUCGGAGCAGUCUGGAUCCACUGGGGCACAAGCAGUCCACGCUGUGUUCCGAGAGCCAUUACAUAAGAUCUUAGAGAAAGUCAAGAAUGAACCGUUCUUUCAAUGGCCAAAUAGGAUGACAGGCGAUCCUUCGAAACGUAACCAAAGCCUAUAUUACGAAUACCACCAGGAACCGGGGCAUACCGCUGAUAACUGCAGAAACCUGAAAAACCACUUGGACUGGCUGGUCCGAGAGGGAAAGUUGAGACAUCUCUUGCAUCAUCCCGUUGGAUGA